AUGCUGACGUACAAUGGCAGCCACGGACUGGCGGAUGAGGAUAGAUCUCCGGCUACGUCAGUUGUCUCCAACGAUGGAGAGAUGAUCGAGGACUCGGGGGACUCUCCGGAGACACCCCGGGACACUGAGGAGGAGACCAUGUUCUCGGACGAGUUUUACUCGCACGAUACCGAUGACGAGGACGAUCAGAAGAGGAUUAGGGAGUCGGGUAUCGAUGGAAUUUCCUCGGUGAACAAUAAUCUGGCGAUCACAACGAGUUCCAGCAGUUCCACUUUCAGUACGUCAAUCACAUCGGGAAAUGGUGAGGGGAGUGGUGAUGGAGUUCGGAAGAUGUUCACGAACAGCAGGGAACGUUGGAGGCAGCAGAAUGUCAGCGGGGCUUUUGCAGAGUUGCGGAAGUUGGUGCCAACGCAUCCGCCGGAGAAGAAAUUGUCGAAGAAUGAGAUAUUGAGAAUGGCAAUUAAGUACAUAAGACUCCUAACAAACGUCCUGGAAUGGCAGAAGGCCCAGGACUGCGCUAACAUCCGGAUAAAGUGUGAGCCCCUGCACUUCAUCUCCUACUCCACCUCGAGCCACAAAACCCAAAACCACAAAGAGGGAAAAGUCGACGUGAACCGAAGCAACAACCGGUCAAACUUCUCCCGCCACAAGUACCAGAUCUCCCCCCAAAUUCCUUGCGACAAAAACGGAAACGAUUUGUUGAUCAUUGCUCCCGUGAUCAAACAGAACAGUCUCACCAUGAGCCUCCAAAAUUCACGCUCUUCCCUGAACAACUCGGCUAAUACCAUAAAGUCCAAUGGAAGACUCAUCUCGAACGGAUCUGCGACGAUCAACGAGAUCAAUCGAGGUAAUUCUUGCUUUCACCACGAGAAGAGAACCAACAAAUUCGAAAAGGAAGACGAAGAGAUCAGUUCAAACGGUCGAACCGCUCGAUCUCCGGUGAAAAAGCGGAUCAAGAUAACUCCUUUCGAGCCGUCCAAGAACCUCAAUAACUAGUAAAAUUUACCAUUGACCGCUCAAUAUUAAUUAAUUCUAAUUAUCCUUAAAAAUUGACGAAUUGUAAAUUGACUUCAAGAUGAAUCUGACGGAGAUGACAAGAUUCUCGUGACGCUAGCAUCCUGUAAAGCUCUAAAAGAUCUCGAUCACGAUGAAGAUAUCUCCAUUAGAUUCCAAGAUGUAUCUAAAAAAGGAUUCAAUUAACAGUUGUACCCCUCAAGAUCCUGUUGACUUAAUCCAUUAAA